UGCAUGUUCAAAUAAUUGUGUAUUAAUUUAUUGAUUAAUCUAACAUGUACAUGGUUUCAGGUGUAGUGAUGGCAGAUGAGACAAUGCGUGAUGCAUCUGAUGAGCCCCAGAUUACUGAUGGAUGCUACGAAGAAGAAAAGUAGGCCAAGAGGUCCUACAAAAGGGAUACGUUCCAAACCCGGCAUUCAGAGAGUUCUUGCUUGGGAUGAGUGGAUACGUCCGAUUGGGCGCUAUGCUGUUGAGUACAAGAUUUAUUGUGGGGAGAUCAGUAGAAGCAAAGUGUCUAUCUUGUACGACACUUGGGAUGAUGUUCCAGAAGGCACGAAAAACACUUUGUGGGAAGAUGCUAAAAGAGAAUUUGGAAUAGAAGAAGAUGUUUUGAAGAAACGAGAUGUCUUGACUACAUGUGAUAAACGGUGGAGAGAUUUCAAGUCAAGAUUGGUGACCAGAUGGAUCACGAAAACGAGGAAGGGGCCUAACAAUGAUAGGCUACCAUACGUGAUGUAUCCUUUCAUCACACGAGAGAUAUGGGACCAGUUUGUACAAAAAUGUAGCUCUAAGGAGUUCCAGGUAUGUAAUUUAUAAUAUGAAAUUAUAUUUUCAUUACGUUCUUUAAUAUUGACUAGUUACUAAAUCCUUUAUUAG